AUGGGAAUUGUACGUUUACGAUCUCAAUUGCGUAUUUACAUUACAAGUCUGAUCGUUUUCACUUUUUUUAAUUGUGUUUUUCCAGUUCUUUCUUCUGAUGUUUCUUUCUUAGGUCCUUUCGCAGGAUUCAAUUAUUUGUCACAGCCUAUUAUUUCUUCUAAUGCCUCAUCUCAACUUUAUAAACAGUAUAAAAAUGGUUCAUGGACUCCGAUGUCUCUACCACUUCCUUCUUUGAAUGAUUUUUGCUUUACCACAAUUCCAAAUAGUAAUAAAACCUACCUGCCCAUUUUUGAUCGAUGGGAAUCCUCUUUAACUGUCCAUGAAUUAUUUUCCAAUACUUCUUAUGAGCUCCUUUCCCAUAAUAAUCCGUCUAUAUCUUCUCAUUUGCAUUCCAUUUUUUGUGAUGAUUAUUCCCCUUUUCUAUAUGGUUUAGCCAAUGCAUCAAACCCGUCCAGCAACAUUACUAGACUCUACCGGUGGAAUUUGACUGAUCCUUUGCCUGCUGCUGAAUAUAUGUACUCAUUUGAAGAUCAUGUCUCUUCCGUUUCACCUAUAGCAAAUAAUAAGGUUUCUGUGCAGGGAGAUUUUACCCAUGGUACACCCUUUAUACCUACAAAAGAUGUUCAAAUAGCGAAGCUUGGUUUUCGUUCUUUUGCUCAACUAUCAAAAAACUCUCACAGUACUUCUUUAAUGGAUAUGUCUUGUUUAUCCAAUACUUCGUUGUAUAUUUGGGAUAUUUCUGAUUCCAAUUCUGUAUGCCUUAAUGCUUGGACUCUUUAUCAAACUGAUUUGUAUUCCGUUCGAAUUUAUACCGACAAGAGCGUUGCCUCUUCAGCUACCUCAUUUCAUUUGACUGAUCCAUUUAACGAAUCAGUGCUAACCUUGACAUACAAAGCUACAGAAAAAUCUGGCUUUGAAGUCUGUACUUUGAAUUGCCCUUUAAAUUCGUCAGAAGGAUACCAAGACUUUUAUUUUCCUAAAGGUUGGACUUCUUGGCAAGUAAAUGUGCAUCUUUUUAAUGAGGCUCCUGCUGCUGAUUCAGUCGCUGUUCAAGGGAUUCAAUUCUUCCAAAAAAACGCCAUUUCUUAUUUCGAAGAUUCUUUCAAUCAAAAUGCUUGUCAUUUUCCUGGUUACAAUUCUCUUUCAAACCAUACCGGGAGUUGGACACUUUCGCCAAAGAAUGCAUCUAUGCCUUACUGGACUUCAUCAGUUUCUACAGAGAAUGUUUCAGCUGUAUUUAAACCAAAUAUUACCUACUCCACAAAUGCUUCACUAGAUUUAAUGAUUCCUGGCUGUCGUUACGAUAAUACUUGCUGGAGGCGACAUGAUGCUGUCGUCAAAGUUUAUUAUGCUGCAGACACUUCUCCAAGCAAAAGGGUGAUCUCCCAGCAUUACCUUGAUGAUCAGUAUGUUACAGUGUAUAGUGGCUUUCUGCAAGGUUCAUCUUCAUCCUUUCGGCCUUAUGUGGAAAUUCUGCCUUUUGAGAAUCAUAGCUUGGUUGCCCAUUCUCUUCGAUGUCAAGAAAACAUAUGGGAGGAUAAUAAGAACGGUUUUGCUAUUUUGUCAUUUUCUAGUUCGAAUAAUUCGAUGAAACCAGAUAGCAGUUUUUCAACUUUUGAGGAUAUAUCAAGCAAGUCUGUGAACGCAGUCCGAAUUUGCACUUUAGGUGUAUGUCUCGGUGGUGACUUCGAUUCUAAAUAUGGAAGAAAUUUGUUAUACAUGAAUUCAUCUGAAGCCCCCAUGUCGUUUCCCGGUCGGGGCAUGGACGGAUCGGUUACGGAUAUAUUUGACUAUAAAGGUAUAACGUAUGUUUCAGGCUUAUUUCAAUCUCUUAACGAUCAAAGCCAAGCCUUGAAUCAUGUUGCUAUGUUUAACAACGGUGUUUGGGAGUCUCUUGGUUUUGGUACAAAUGGGGCAGUUGAACAAAUACGCACUAUUACCCUUUUUGUGUUGGAACAACCGGCUACAUACAUUUCUUUUCGAGGAAAUUUUACGGCUGUCUAUAACAAGGAUAACGUGGCAAUACCAGUGGAUGGGUAUGCAUUGUGGGAUCCCUCAUUGCAGAGCUGGCUGAGUAAUUCUGACUUGAGUACAUAUUUCUCUGGAACUAUCCAAAGUAUCGGUUUUAACAAUGAUUCAGCGAUAGCUUUGGGAAAAGUAAGAGUUCUUGCUGAUUACCCGACGGAUAAUGUUAUGUAUUUUGCGACAUCUAAAGCCGUUAAUUCUUUUGUUCCUGAAUAUUUACGUUAUAUUCCCUCGGAUUUACAACUUCAGUCGAUUGCAGAUUAUUUCCAAAACAAUUCAAUGGUUGUUUUGGCGACUGUAAAUCGAAGCAUUCACGAUAAUCCAAAUUCAAACAUCUAUUUACUCAACAAGACAGGUGUUUCAUUCCCGAAGCGAAUCUUGAAAUUGAAGGAAACAGUUUCAAAGGUUACCUCUAUUGCGGAUGAACUUUAUAUUUCAAUUGGUGAUACCAAGGAUCCAUACCUUGAGAAUGGAAAUUAUUUCGUUUACAAUACUACUGCUAAUGCAUUCGCAAAUGCGACCAGUUUCACGAAACUUCGCGGUAAAGUUGAUACCAUUUUGCCAUCUUAUAAUACCCAACACUCUUUGGCUCUUUUUGGGGGAAAUAUAAGUACUAUUGAUAAUAAUUGUCAGGGACUGUGUCAUUUUAAUAUUAUUCAGAAAACGUGGCAGCAAGUGCAUUAUAAUUACAGUCAUGGUAUUGUUCACAGCAUGGUUUAUAUGGGUGCCGAUUACACGAAGGUCUUAGUCGGCGGAGACUUUUCUUUUGCAAAUGGAAGAAGGGAGUAUUUGAUGAUUUACGAUACUGAGUCUUGCAAUUUGUUUCCUUUUUCGGGAAACGUUUCGGUUACGAGUCCUGUGCAUUGCGCAGCCAAUUAUCCCAACAAUGCCAUCUUCAACACCUCUUCGUUUCUUUUUUACGGGUACAAUACUCAAUCCAAUGAUCCUUACUUGAUCCGUCUAGAAGGUUCUGAAAGAAAAGAUAUUUCCAAAGGGCUUUUAUUGAGACAAUCUAAAAUAAAGUCUUUGGAUAUACUCGAUGCGAAUGUGUUUCCCGACAUCCCUGUGAAUGGAUUCGUUACUGUUGCAUCAGGACUGCUCACUUUACAAGAUCAAACGAGGGUUUCUUCUGCUUACUUUUUCAACAAUACAUGGUUUCCGUUAUUGACAGCUGUAGAUGGCAAUGGCAAUGUACGAUGCAUCCAUGAUGUUGUCGUACUAAAUUCAACAUCACGGGCUAUACGAAAAGUACAUCCUCCGGGAUCAGACAAAAGUGUAAGAAGCACUCGCCACGUCGUAAUUAUCAGCAUGUGUCUCAGCAUGGCUGUAAUGUUUUUUAUGAUGUUCACGGCUUCGUUGUAUGAGGCAUUCUUCUGUUUUUUGCAUCCACAUUCUGUAGCAGUUGGCGAUUACAUUCAGUUGGAGGAUUCGUAA